AUGGAGUCGUUCUUCCUCCUAUCCUUUGACUCUCGUCAGUCUUUCAAGCGGAAUUGUCUCAAGGUGGCCACCAGGGAAGAAGUCAAAGAGGGCCCGAAGACUGAAAUAAUCAUUUACUCCGACAGCCAGGCUGCCUUAAAAGCCAUCCAAGCAUCCAGUGACCAGCUUCAAGAGGAAAGGAAUGCGCUGGACACAUUGGGUAGGAGGAAGACGGUUCGAGUGUGUUGGGUUCCCGGACACAGCGGAGUGGAGGGCAAUGAGCGGGCGGACGAGUUUGCGAGGCUCGGAUCAGCUCUCCCACCGAUAAGCCGGGAACCCUACCUUCAACUAAGUGAAAAACAUAUUUUCUAUAUCCUAGACAACUGGACAUGA